AUGGAAUUGAAUGCUCGAAAGCUGCGACCUGAAUACGAUGGACUAAAAGUGACAGGCAACCAGGUGAAGGCCGAGGAGUUUAUCCCACGCAAGAUUGGCCAAGAAUUCGGGACGCUUGCUGGUCCUGCAUCAAGUCGAGAUCUGAUUGGUCGAAAUCUGGACCCAAUAGCCAAUCAUGGCCCAGUAUUGGUCGAAUGCCGGUUGCUGAUGCCCAAAACCCUCAACCAUCCAGCUUUUCCCUUCACCAUUCAUCCAUCGCAAACCACCAACCCGAAGAUCACUAGUGGUUGGUGUGAAUUUUUGAAAGUUCAAUCUGCUGACAAAAGCCGCCCCAGCUUUGUACUUCACGAUGGUCCCCCCUAUGCCAACGGGAGGUUGCAUGUUGGGCAUGCGUUGAACAAAUUUCUGAAGGAUAUCACCGUACGUUACAAGCUUCUUUGUGGAUACAGCGUCGAUUUUAUUCCUGGUUGGGACUGUCAUGGUCUUCCAAUUGAACUCAAAGCAAUAGAACAAAGUACAAAGUGUACGCCUCAAGAAACGCGGACUCAAGCUUCGCUUGUGGCUCACAAAUACAUCGAUCUCCAGAAGUCGACCUUUAUGGACUGGGGUAUUUUGGCCGAUUGGUCUAAGUACUACAGCACAAUGGACCAUACGUUUGAGAAAUCUGAAAUAGACGCUUUUGCAAUGCUACAUUCGAAGGCAUGCCUACUUGGACGCUAUUCACUUGCGUUUAGGGGUUUAUUUAUCGCGAUUUACUCCCUGUAUACUGGUCCUGCCGAGCGAAGUGAGCGCAUAAGCUUGUUACAUCUUUCACUUUGUAGAACUGCGCUAGCGGAGUCUGAGCUUGAAUACAACUGUGAACACGUGAGCCCCUCCGUGUAUAUCCGCGUACCUUUAUUUGAGCUAAGCCUCCCUUUAUCCCGCACAGUAUCUGGGCUAUCCAGUGUCUACGGAGUUGUGUGGACUACCACACCAUGGACGCUUCCCGCAAAUGAAGCGAUAGUUUAUGACCCGAAUGCAAGGUAUGCGCUACUCAAAUCCAUGCACUCCGGCGAUAUAUAUAUUGUCAGUGGUCAAUUCUCACAGCAGUUGUCCUCAAUGCUACCUGGAGCUGAUCUCAAACAAAUAGAAGAACUUCCAGGUCCAGAACUCUUGCGCACAUGUCGCUAUCUUCAUCCCAUUCGAUCGAUUACCAGCAAUAGCGAAGAUAACUUGUGUCCAUUCCUACCUGGGACAUAUGUGUCAGAGACGAAAGGCACCGGUCUUGUGCACUGUGCUCCCUGUCACGGAAAGGAGGACUUUCUUCUUGGUCAGUCAUUCCAUCUCCCUAUGAACCAGCUCGUGGACGACGAGGGCUGUUUUAUCCCCGAAGCUGGAUGUGAGCUUGCUGGUCUCCGUUUGGAUGACGAAGGGACGGCUAAAAUUCUGGAGCUAGUGCGUCCAAUGUUGGUGCACCAAGGCACUAUCAAACACAGCUAUCCAUAUGACUGGCGUACUAAAACACCAGUGAUCACUCGACUUUCUGAGCAGUGGUUUUUGGAUACGUCAGCGUUAUCGACUGCAGCCAUUGAGGCAUACAACUCUGUGGAUGUUAUACCACCGAAACACAAGCCCUCAAUGCUUCCGUUUAUUUCAUCUCGUCCGAGGUGGUGCAUAUCGCGACAACGUUCGUGGGGAGUCCCUAUUCCCGUGCUGCUACGGAAAGAGGACGGAAAACCUAUCGUUGAUCAGGAGUUCAUCCAAUGCAUUUCGGAGCGCGUCGCUCACUGUGGUACAGAUUUUUGGUUCAAUGAAUCUCUGGAGACUCUGGUACCCGAACGAUUCUGGAAAAAGUGGAACGUCAGCCCUAGCGGCGUCAUAAAAAGCACCGAUGUAUUCGACGUUUGGUUUGACAGUGGCCUGUCCUGGCUCGGCGUCCUUUGCAAAGAUGGGUCUCAUUCAUUGAAUGGUAAAACAAAGACCGUCGCUGACUUAUAUCUCGAAGGACAGGAUCAGUUUCGCGGAUGGUUUUCGUCCUCGCUACUGCUGAGUGUUGCCCUUCAGAAUUGUGCACCAUACAAGACACUUGUGGUUCAUGGAAUGACCGCAGAUUCAGAAGGGCGAAAAAUGUCAAAGUCUUUGGGGAAUGUGGUAUCUCCAGAAGACUUACUGAAUCAGAAUAAAGGUUGUGUCGAUAUCCUCCGCCGUUGGGCAGCUUGCUCCGCUUUGGAUUCUAUCAGCACGGUGGGAAAUAAAGAAAUGAACCUGCACAGUGCAUCUUACAGAGCGCUACGCAAUAGCCUGCGUUUCAUGUUGGGUAACCUCGUGGACUUUUCACCGAUAAGUCAGCUGGCAUACCUCCGUGACACACAGGCCGUGAAAUGUACAAAUGUGAACCAGCUCAUUUUCGACAUCAUUGAGGCAACUUCUCCAAGCUCCCAGUGCCAAAAACCGGGUGCCCUAAACUGCACAGUCCUAUAUUGGCUUGGAUGCCUUGUAAAAUCGGCUCGAUCCGAAUAUUAUCCCACCUACCGGUUCAACGCUCUCCUUUCUGAAGUAGAUCAGUUGCUCUCCCGUCUAUCUUCUAUGUAUAUAACGGCAGUUAAAGAUAUCCUGUACUGUGAUCCUGUCGACAGCUUCGAUCGGCGAAUGGUGCAGACCAUAUUCUUGGUGGCAACCGAGAGCCUGAAAAUGCUACUAUCUCCAAUCAUGCCGUACCUGAUGGAGGAAUGUGAAGAAGCCAUACAACGGUCUUGGAAGUCAUAUGCUUUGAUGCCUUCCACUUCUCAUACUCGCUCUCUGCUUGAACGCUAUUCUUUGAACACAUUGUAUGGUGGUUUGUCAUCAAACAUGCCCACCUCUGAUUGGUCAACAUGUCUCUCAGCCAUCGAACACUAUGCUAGCUAUGCAACUUUGGCUCAUGCAUGCGAAACCGUUCACGCCUUCUAUUUAUCAAUUAUCAAUCAGAUGUCCUCUGAGUUGAACUUGAACAGCGCUCCGGUCAAUCCACUGGUCGGUAAACAUGUUCGGCUCCAUCUGGAUCCAUGUUCAGAAACCGCAUCUCUCCAAGAAUCGCUGCAGAUGCUUCACCCGACGAGAACAUUGGGCAGUGCUAAUUCAGAGCUGUGUCGACUGUUCCGCGCUGGUUCUGUCAGUUGGUCCUUUGGCGAUGAUGCACGUACAACCAAAGAACAGGACCCGGAUAUCCAUAUACUUUCAGUCCCAUACCAAGGGUCGGUAGUCCGUGUACGACUCUCUACCGCACCUCCGGACACCCGAUGCCCUAGAUGCAUGCGGUUUACCCUCAGUCCACCGGCUGCGCUGUGCAUUCGUUGUGAAUUGGCCCUGAUGCCACAAGCCACGGAAACAUCUCGACAGAGUGCGCCAUAAUUUGUAGACAUAUUUCAAUAUUAGAAAUUUUGAAGAAACGAUAGUUUCUGAGAAACUUUGGAUUUUUACGACUGCCGGUUUACUCAAACGUUAAAUUCAG